CGGUCCACAGACUGGCAUCACAAUCGUCUUGUACGCCAAACCGGACGUACGCAACAGAUCGACUGCAACGAAACGGUGCAGAGGAUUUUAAUUUUCACGACAAACGUAGCCGAACGAAAACGACGAUGAUGUUCAACACGAAAUUGGUUUUGCUGCUGGUAGCAACUUCGAUCGCCAUGGUGUCCUGCCAAGUGCCCGCCAUCGGUGGAUGUCCGGAAUUCGAUUCCCAACCAGACUUCGACAUGAACAGAUACUUGGGAACAUGGUAUGAAGCCGAACACUACGUGAACAUCUUUGAAAUCGGAACUCGUUGCGUGAAAACAAACUACACAAAGGCCGUUGACGGCAGAUACCUCGUCUCCAACGAAAUCAUGAACAGAUUCACCGGAGUGAAACGCGUAUUGGAUGGUGAAAUCAGAUUGAUCGUCAAAGGAGCCGAAUCCAAAAUGAACGUCAAGUACACAACAUUGCCAAUCUCUUACUCCACCGAACAAAUGAUUUUGGAAACCGACUACGAUUCCUUUGCAGUCGUUUGGUCUUGCUCGUCUUACGGAGUAGCCAACACACAGAACGCCUGGAUCAUGACUCGUGAAAAGUUGGCUCCAGGUACCGUCAUGCAAAAGGCCUACGGUGUAUUGGACAAAUACAAGUUGAGCAAGAGCUACUUCCGCAAGACAGACCAGAACAGCUGUGCCAUCGCCGAAGCUGCACCCAGCGAGACCACCAACGAGAACAAGUGGAGAAGGAGGAGCUUGAACUGAACACAUGCAUCUAUACGACAGCAGUACAAAGAUCACAAAAAUAUUUAUUAGUAAAUUAAGAAUACGAUCAUUAUUUAUUUAUUUAUAUUUAUUCAACGAUAUCAUGAUAUGAUAAAAAAAAAAUAUAUAUAGAUUUUAAGCGACGAAA